UGUUUUUUUUCAAAAGGGUAUUUUAUUAUUUUGAUAAAAAAAAACUAAACCAGUGCAAACCACUUCAAUCGCGAUGAAAUCUGUAAAAACGCGGUAAAAAAUGUCAUUAGUAUACCGUUUUUUUACGCGUGAUCCUUUAAAGAGUCAUGGAAUGGAUGAUUGCUCGCGCUCAGCUCUGCUAGGUGUUUAUCAUCAAAAGAUAUUCUGCGUGGUGCAUGAAAAUUGUCAUCAUAGCCAGCAAUAUCCAUCCACAACUCUUCUCAUUCAUCAUUUUUUGACAAAUAUAACAAAAUACAUACCAUGAACAGAACGGUCACCUUGUUAUGAGAUACAAAAGGGAUCGAUCAGUACAUGAUGACAACGGAUGGAUGAGUGAAAAGGAUGGAUGCAAAGGGAUGGAUGGAUAGGAUGGCUGAAUAAAAAAG